AUGAGACGAAUUCCAUUCAGAAGAAGUGCAAUAGAAAAACGCGUAUGUACUCAUGGGGAAAACAACUGUGUUAUAUACUGCAGGGAUUGUGAAAUACCAAUUUGCGCAAAAUGCGUUGUUGGUCUUCACAAGCAACACGAUUUCACGGCUUUUGAGGAGUUUCUUGAAGAAAAGAAAAGCAAAUGUCUAGAUGACCUAUCAAAGCUUGAAUGCGUGCUCUUGCCUAAAUUCCAAACAGAAGACUUGGGUAAAGAAAAAUAUGAAGAAAUUGAGCUAAUUUUUGACAGAGAAGAUGUUAUUUGUAACGCUGUAAGAAAUUACGGGAGCAAAUUAAGAGAACAAGUAACACAACACAAAAAAGAAAAUGAACAAAAGGCAAAUCAAAAUGCGUUUGCUAAGAAAAGCAUCUCGAUAGCUAUUCAAAAUGCAAAGAUUUUACUGAAUAGUAAGGAUUCUAAAGCAAUUUUGGAAUACAGUGCAUUUGAACAUGCGUUGAAAGAUUCAUCACAGGAACUAGAUAUGUAUCUGCCUGCUUUUGAAAUCGGAAGUUUACGGGACGAUGACAUAGUAUCUCAUUUUGGAAAACUGAUUUUCAAAUCAAUGGAUAAAAAAGAUAAAAUUAUUGAUUUACAUCAGAAUGACGACUUUGUUCGUGGAGGCGAUGUGGAAAGUGGAUCUUGGUUCCAUGGUUGUAUCCCUCGAGAAGAUGCUGAAAGACUUCUUCAUAAAGAUGGUGAUUUUCUUGUUCGAGAAUCGGAAGGAAGCACCGAGAACUUAUAUGCUUAA